GUUAUAUAGGAGGCCCGAGCCAAGCUUUUGUGUGUAUUUACCCGCUUUCAAUCUUCUCUGAACAAACACAACCCACUUACUACUCUAAUUGAACGCUGUGCACGUGAUGUCUCAAAAAUACCAAGCUCUUCCUCAGACCGCCGACUUCGAGGCUCAGCCACUUCGCAAACAACAGUCUACCUGGGCUCGCUUGGCAGUCAAGUUCUGGGCGACAGCCACCGUGCUCUUUGCGCUGCUAUCGGUAUGGCUGGGUUCGCAGUUAUAUCUUGUGCAGAACCGCAGUUCGUUCGUACGGGGUUUCGAGCAUGAACUCGACGCAGCCAAGCACUUGAUCAAAAUUGAGGAACGCUUUUCUCAGGGAAGCCCACGCUUCACUGAAGAUGGUAUUGAAUACGUACCUCAGCCUGCAGAUGGGAUGCCGCGAACACAGUACGUUGGUGACCCGAGCGAAGAAAUUGAUAAUGCAUGGGAUCGUCUACAUCAAGGCCGGUUCUUUCUUCUCUCGGAAGAUGAGGCAAAGGACGCAUGGGGUCCUGGAUAUGAGCAGUUCUACGCACCUGUGGCGGGGGGUAAUGCUACCGAGCUUGAAGUUACGCACGCACUUCACUGUUUAGACCACCUCCGAAAAGCAUUCUACCCAGAGAAGUAUCCGACUGAUGCUAUUCACGGUAUCAUGCACCGAGAUCACUGCCUCGAUCACUUACGGCAGAUGGUGUUGUGCAAUGGUGAUUUGACUCCGAUCCCAACUCGUUACUACAAAGCUCUAAAUGCAAACUACAUUGACUCGGACCGACCUCAUACUUGUCGCAACUGGCCAAGUAUUCGGGACUGGGUGUGGGAACGUUUUAAUGGCAGCUUGGCUGUACCACCGAUGAAGGAAGACCUAUCUUAGUUUGAUGGGAGCUUUCACUUCCUGGUUCAUCCUAGAGAGAGUAGAUUAUAUUCCUGGGAGCUAGCUUUCUAUCUUUUUGACUUUCCUUUGCUUUGAACAGUUAAGUGAGUAUGAAAGGCGCGAGCUGUUUUGAACUAUUACAACAACAAUGAAUUUCUUUUCGUGGGGUUUCUACAUAUAUAAGAAUGUAGACAGGAAUGAUUCGCGUACCAUCUUUCAAUUACAGAAUUUCAGUCACACUUGAGUAGGCACACUAGUUUACAAGUUCGUCUCAAGAAAGUCUCAGAGAUGAUUUAUUUAGAACUAUCAGCGCAGCUAUUUAGGGAG